AUGUAUUUUGAGCAAGUACUUCAUGGCACAAAUAAAUCACUUCCGGCAUCUGACCAAAAAUUGAUGAUACUACUUCCUGAUGCUGUCAAGAACAUUGUUUCCUGGCUUGUAGACAAACCCAAGAGGUAAGCAAUUACCAUUCAAUACUCGUAUACUCGACGUGCUUUGUUGUCGAAAUGUUUUGACUUUUGAAAGAAAAGAUUUGGCGUUGCAAGGCAAGGUUCAUAUUUGACUACCGCUACCACUGCCUCUCACUGGCAUCUGAUUGGGUUAAUCGGAUAUACCAAUCGCAUCUGUAAAAGUGAUGACACUACAGUACAAGAGAAUGGUAGUCCCCCAUCCCCUGCCAACCCUCUCCUAGUGUCGUAUACCACACUGUAUUAUUUUCCCCCUUCCAUUUUAGUUUAUUAGCGAACGAAAUAAUUUGGAAUGUUAUUCGAGACUUGAUCAAUGCUUUACCUGAGCCAUUUAGAGAGGCACAAGAGAAAUAUAUUCAACGUUUUUCAAAUGUAAAAGGAACUGCUUCCAGAUCGAAGACAUGUACUCGUUUGACCGACAGUUAUUUUGCAUAUGCUACAGCACUACUGUUUGUGAAUGAAAACUUGUCAGAAGAUGCCAGGAUUAAAGCGGUAAGAUUAUAUUUUAUUAUAUAAAGUAUAGUGCUUUAUAGAGAUUUCGAGCACUGAUAACAGUGAUAAUCUCACAUGUGAGAUUAUUCAUGAUAAUCUCACAUGUGAAAAUUAUCGCUUUUCAAUUAUCGCUUUUCUGUAGAAAUUAUCGCUUUUCAAAGGUUGUCCUUUAUAUAAUAAACAGAAAAAUACAUGGGUGCUUGGAAAUACCAGAUUUAUUUCUCGUGUUGAACAUGAUAUCUCACUCGUUCGCUGCGCUCACUCUUGAGAUAUCAUGUUCAACACUCGAAAUAAAUCUGGUAUUUCCAAGCACCCAUGUAUUAUUCUCUAUUUAUUGUAUGUCGGUGGAAUCCAUCUGUUUAUAAUUGUAGUAGGAGUACAUUGUAUAUGAAUUUUUGCACGCCUGCAAGUAAUCAGGGCCUUUUUUAAGGAAUUUUCCCGCGGGUGGAUUUUUUGAAAAAGGACCUUUCUGUGAGAUAAUAUAUUAGAGGGUAUAGCAAUGGCGGAAGGCCUUGUGUGUGGCCGACAUACCAUGCCAAUCUCGUUCCCCGAGCCUGCGAUCCUUGGGAAGGAAACGAAGGCUCUGGGAUAAUCCAUCUCAGACAUACCGAAAACUGUAUGUCGACCAAACUGCGCAUGCGUUGCCAAAAGCAAAACAAAUUGUUUGAAAUAUUUUAUUGUUUCGUCUAUAAAAUGAUUAUUUUUUCGGGGUUUUGGUGGAAAUGUUGAUGUUCUUCAUAGUGGGAUACAAAAGGUGUGUUAGCGGCUGAAUAAGGAAAAUAUUGCGUGUGAAACAGGGUCAGUAUAGAGCCGGCAGGAGUCGCGAAGAGUGCUGUUGUCGAAGAAAAAUGUCACAAUUAAUUGUAAUCUUGUCCAUUCACCUCUGUGUCAGUUUGAAAAAGCUUUAAAUGUAGAGCAUUUGUGAUUCCUCCAGCAUAAUUUAGCCGUUUAACGCUAUUAUGUUUCUAAUGGUUGAAAGAGCGCGUGGAAAGGGCAAUUUUCAAGAACAAAAACAGUUACAAUGUACUGUGUAUUAAUUGCUACUGUAGUAUUAAAAUACCUGAAGAGUCUCAAUUCUAAUAUUAAGUCGUUUAUAAACCUUGAUAAUAUUAAAGUUUUCAGAAGAUUUGUAUAUCAAAGGAAUAUUAAAAGGAAUUUAGACUUAUAAAACAUAUCAUUAAAAAUAUGAAUAUAGUGAAUUCCAUAUUUGUAUUGUGUUAUCAUCUCUAGAAAUUAACAAUUUAUAAACCAAAUCCUUGUUAUAUUUUUUAACUGCCCUUAUAGCUUUCCUUUAAUAUUUGCAAGCAGUUUAGUAGGUUAGGGAUGCAACAGCACUAUUCAAAUUAUUGAAUUGUAACCAAAUUUUGUGUCUGGAUAGGAAUUUUACUAUUAAAGAUUUACAGUUUGUAAUGAGAGUUGGAGCAAGUUAAGCUGCAAUGUGCCUCAGUUUGCCCUACUUUGUUAUUUUAAGCUGUUUAAUGCCAGAAUUUUUUCUCGUCAAGGGGAAAGUAUUGGACUUUGAUAUUGGUAUUUGAAUGGGUUAACCAGUCCAUCUGCAUGUCUACCAGCUAUCUUUGGUUAUUAAUUAUCUCAUUAGAUCAUUGCUAAUUAUCUCAUUAGAUCAAUGCUCUUAGUGCACCUUUUUUGUUAUUUCACUGUACUUCUGGACAAUAUUUCUCACCAAUGGCCAGAAAUGUACUUGACUUCAUGUUGAUUACUGCCAUUAAUUAAUUAACUACUGUACUAAAUAGGACAUUCAAGGUUGGAGAUGUAAUAGCAAUAGAGGUUGCUAUCAUUGUAGCAUUCAGGGGCGUCGCUGGCCCAAAUUGUCAGGCAUUUGGCAAUUUAUUGUAUCGGCAAUCAGAAAAUUGUUUUCGUGGCCAGCAUGAUUUGAAUUGGAUAGGAAUGGAAAAACUGAGUUUUUGUUGCCCCUUCUCAGAGUAGGUAUGUGUUGUUUUAUAGUGUAAAUAACAAGUUUUGAUAUUGCAAUCAAACUGACAGGGUAGUUGUCAUGACCAUGGUAAUAAAAAUAUUUCUAUGGCUUGGCAUUUACAUUGGGCAAUUUUUCAUCAUUCAUCACAAAUUUAUACCUGCACCCUAGGUGGUUCCCUGCAGGGGGUCAUAACAGGGGGAAGCUGAUGAAAAUCAUUUCUGGUAUUAGUGGCUGAUCACUAUCAUUUAAUAUUUUUGUGAAUAGAACAUUUCUUUAAAAAAGUAUAUGAAUUUAUUAAAAAUAUUUAUAUGGUUUCCCAAUCUGGAAUUCAUACUUGGAUGAAAAGGUUUAUGAUGUUUUCUUGGACAGAAUCCAAUUAAUACAACCUCGUACAGAGUGCAGGGCUUCUGAGAAUUACUGUGUGGACAAGAUUAAUAAAGGGAUUGCCAAUUUGGCAUAUUGUACUACUCAAUAAAUUUAAAUUAUUAAAUACUUUCUGCUACAGUUAGCUGUAAUAUUAUACUGUAUAUUAUUGUUUUUCAUAUGACGUCAUAAAUUUGACGGGGGUCAACUCUAAAUCGAGACACAGUCAUCAGAGUGAAUUAAUUUUUCACUGUAUGUGUUGGGCUUGUGUUUGGUGGCAAAUACAUGCAAUUUCAUAUCAUUUGCUCACUCCAGUACAGCAUAAGCAUCAAUACAUUUUAGGUUGACCCCACGUCAGAACGUGCAAAAUGCCUAAUGAAACCCCAGAAUUCAUUGUAUGUAUUAGGUGUAGGCAGACUGGAAUACAAGUUAAUAUCACUGCCUGCGAAAUUGUGGUUUAUUUAGAGAAUAAAGGUUUUUUGAACACUUCUAUAAAUAAAUUAUAACAACAAAAGAUUCAUAUGCAUGUACCCAUAUAGGGAAAGGUUACAUGCUACAAGUUAAAAUGAGUAUUACAUACUCCUGCACUUGAAAAGUUUACAGUACAGUAUAUACAUUAAAUAAUAAAAUAUAAAUCCCAAGAUUGGAUUUAUUGAAACUAGUCAUUAGCUAGUUCUUCGCAAUUAAAUAACACAAAGACAAAUUAAUAAAAGUUAUUAACCAUUUCUGACACAAAUAGUAUUUGCAAAAUAUAGCACAUAUUUGAUAUUAUAGUCAAAUAGUACAGUGUACUGACAGUACUGUAUACUAUGUAUAGAUUAAAACUACAGAAAACCUGUACAACACAAAUAUGAGUAAAGUUUUCACGCUCCAUUUAACUGUUGUGAUAUUAUACGCAUUAAGUAUACGUUUCUCUGCAUUUCCUUUGUAGUAUUAGUAUAUAGCACAGCUCUGAAACACCAAAACAAUAUUCGUACACUCCUAAACGGCCGCCAUGUUGUAUAUAAAAAUAUACGGUUAAAAAUUAAUUUUUGCAAAAUUGCAACAUUCCAUUGUAUACCAGCUACCAAUCAUAUUCAUUUCUGACAUGGAUUAUCCCAGAGCCUUCGUUUCCUUCCCAAGGAUCGCAGGCUCGGGGAACGAGAUUGCAUACCAUGCAUGAACAUGGGGGUCUGGGGCAUACUCCGCCCAGAAAAUUUUUGAAUUUGAAGCCCGGAAAUCCAAUUUCAUGCAUUCUGAGCAUCCAAAUUUGUUCUAAAAUUUAUGCUAACUAUACUUGUAUUUGAAAUAAAAGAAGGAAAAAAAAGCACAAAACGUUUAACCCUAACUUAUUAUUACUUAUUACCACUGAUCUGAAAUAAGACUGGAUAACGCAUCUAUAGUAUGCAAAAGUUAAGCCGGAAGUCACCGGCCGCCACCCGAUUCUGGGGCCCCACUUUUGUAUAGAUUUGUAUUACAGACGGUAGUUUUUCGCGUUUUUUGCCUUGGCUACGUUUCCGACCGGGCCAAUUUUACAAUCACAAAGAUAGAAGCAUAUAAGAAGAAUUUUGAGCAAAAAAUUUGGAGUAUUAUGGCUUUAUAACGCCGCGAAACGUGAUUUACAACUCCGAAGGAGUGGAGAGCCUCAGACUUUGUUUAUCAACACGAGCUCGUUUUGCUACUUUCAUACAAAAUCAACUCAAAAUAUACAAGAAUUACUGUUACUGGACGAAUAUUCUCAGGAAAUUUGAAGAAAUGAAGCAGCUACAUCGUGAACGAAAGCGUACAGAGGUUAGUUUUAAAAUACCUUGAGGCUACUUUUAUAAUUAUAUGAAUUAAAUAACAUUAUAUUGAGUCAUUGUUUAUAAGGCCUGUUCUAAACGUCGUAUCUUACAUGUGCCGAAUGCAUUUAAAACAUUAGAUAAUCAGCUGAAAUGCCUCAUCAUUCGGCGCAUGCAAAAUGCGACGUUUAGAACAGGCUUAAUUUGGAUUAAAAAUAUUUGAUUGUCACUUGUCUUCCUACUUUAAAACAUAUAAAACUUCUCGACAAGGCGCCGAGGAAUGCUCUUGACAAAAUUGAUAUUUAAAACUGUUCCUUAUAAAUUCAUAUAAAUAUUAUAAAAGUAGCCUCAAGGUAUUUUAAAACUAUUUAGACCUCAGUACGCUUUUGUUCACAAUGUAGCUGCUUCAUGGCUUCAAAUUUCCUGAGAAUAUUCGUCCAGUAACAGUAAUUCCUGUAUAUUUUGAGUUGAUUUUGUAUGAAAGUAGCAAAACGAGCUCGUGUUGAUAAACGAAGUCUGAGGCUCUCCACUCCUUCAGAGUUGUAAAUCCCGUUUCGCGGCGUUAUAAAGCCAUAAUACUCCAAAUUUUUUGCUCAAAAUUCUUCUUGUAUGCUUCUAUCUUUGUGAUUGUAAAAUUGGCCCGGUCGGAAACGUAGCCAAGGCAAAAAAACGCGAAAAACUACCGUCUGUAAUACAAACCUAUACAAAAGUGGGGCCCCAGAAUCGGGUGACGGCCGGUGACUUCCGGCUUCACUUUUGUAUACUAUAGAUGCGUUAUCCAGUCUUAUUUCAGAUCAGUGCUUAUUACAGGGAAAUAGCGAUGGCCGAAGGCCACGUGUGUGGGGGCAUACUCUCACAGAAAAUUUUUGAAAUUUAAACGUCGGAAAUGUCAUUUCUUGCAUUUUGAGCAUCCAAAUUUGCUCUAAAAUUUAUGCUAACUAUAUUGAAAUAAAAGAAGGGAAAAAAGCACAAAAAGUUAAAAAAAAAUUAACCAUAAUUUAUCAUUACUUAUUAGAAGGGAAUAGCAAUGGCCAAAGGCCACGUGUGUGGGUGCAUACUCUCUCAGAAAAUUUUUGAAAUUUGAAGCCCGGAAGUGCCAUUAAUUUCCUACAUUUUGAGCUUCCAAAUUUGCUCUAAAAUUUAUGCUAACUAAACUUGUAAUUGAAAUAAAAGAAGGAAAAACGCACAAAAAAACAAAAGAUAAAGCCUAAAACUUACUUUCCGUUUAUCUAUUUGUUAUUCUUCGCUGGUUUGUUUUCUACAAAUUUAGGAAAAAGGGACUUUUCCUAACUCAAUUUUCACGUUCAGAAAAUAGUGGGAUAGAAUCAAGCAUAUUUUAUACAUGCAGGCCUGCAAUUAAUUAAAUUUCCUUUGAGCGACAAAUGUCUGGCCAAUAUAUUUAUAUCCGUUUUUUUUGGGAAUGGGCAGAAUAAUGACAAAGUGGGGUAUAACUCAAUCUUCAGGUUCAGAAAAUGGUGCGAUAUAAAUCAAGCAUAUUUUAUACAUGUAUCGUGUCCUUUUUUAAAUCUGAAGAUGGUGUUCUACUCCAAAACGUAGACUUGGAUCAAGUCCGUAUCUCUAGAGUCCGAGUCGCGAAGCGACGAGAUGGUUAUUUGCUAAGCAUUAUUUGCUAAGUCAGUGACAAAAGAACAUUAUUCAAACAGAAUAAUUUAUGGAUACAUUGAAGGCAAAACAUUACAUUUACGAAAAUAAUACUAUUGACCAUAAAGAUUAGAUAAAUUUAAUUUUCGUUCUAAAAUAUUUUGCAGUAAUUUUUGUUGUUUAUUAGCCUGAAGACGGGCAGCUUUACUGCCCGCGAAACGUUGCUCUUAAUAACUUGCCUUCAUUUCCACCGUAUUGAGCGUGGUCUUUCCAGUAAUUACCAUACCCUCUAAUUAUCAAAGCGAUUUAAUUCUAUCGAAUGAGAUGCCCGAAAUCCUGAUAUUUACCCAUAUAUCUGGUACAUUGGCAUCAUCUUACUAUGGCAGCAGGUCGAUUCGAAUUCCUGCAAGAGGGAUUGACAGUAGUAUUUUUCGUAGCUGCUCUUGAUUAGAUCUAAUAAUAAUGUGUGUAACACCGUUUUACUGUAACUUCAUUUGAUACAUCUUUAUAGGCAGCGGAAAUGUUUAGAGAGAUAAAAAGUGAAUUCAUUGAUGGCUUGGAGGAACAAACAUGGAUGGACAAUGCAACGCGCGCUCAGGCUCGCCUUAAGGUCAGUGACCGUUAUGGCAAGAAAGUAUGGUAGAGAGAAAAUGCAUGGUGACAAUCCAUUCCAGAAAGUGUGUAUGUGUGUGUGUGUGGGCGGCCGGUGGACUGGAGGCAUGUCCCCCCUUAAAUGUUAUGCUAUUUUCACACGAUCUCUUGGGGCAAAACGUAUAAUUUUUAUUUUUCAAUUGAAACUUUGAAAUGCUGUGGGAUAGGGUGUUUUUAGAGGUUGUUAUAUCCAUUGAGAAGAUUUGUUUUUUGAGGAAAUUAAGAAUUUCAAUCGCAAAAUGAUGUCAGUCCACCACAACUCACCGAGUAUUAAUCAUGGCAAAAUAUGGUAAAAAGUGGAGGGUGUUUAUAUAUUUAUCACCCCUCCCCAAUAGUGACAGGAAGCGACCCCCUCCAGGCGCCCUUGAGCAAAUGGUCUAUUUAGGUACUGUUCAUUAUUUAUAACCAUGGUUGGUACCGAACAGAAGCGAAACACAGUGUAAUUUUUUUAUUUACCCAACCUCAACAUUGGUCAAAAUAAUGUUUACCCAACCUAUGUGUUACUGUCCUUCAUAAUAAUUAAACACACAAGAUUAUGGUGACAGAAAUCAAGUUGCCUAAAUUCUAAAAGUUCAAUCUCACUGAGUGCGCCAAAGCAAUCACGUUCCUGCUGAUCAAUGAUAGAGUCCACUGAUCGUCUGUUUUGGUACAGAAUGUAUUGUACACAUUUUCCUACAUAUUUUCCAAUAUGCAUGGUAAUUUUGGUUUUAUUUUAUAGCUGACAAACAGCCAUAAUUUUUUUACCAAACCCAUGAGCUAGUCAAAAACUUGAUUACCCAACCCAUAUCUCUUCGGUACCAACCCUGGGUGUAAAUAAUGAACGGUCCCUAAUAUUUUAUUUUAUAAUAGUGAUUACUUUUUACAUAUAACUAGUUAAAGAAAAUGAAGGAAUGGAUUGGUUUUCCAUCGUUUAUUAAGAAUCCUGUCAAGCUGAACAAAUUUUAUGAAAAUGU